CCCAGAGAUAGUUUAAUGGUAGAAGUGGUAGAGAAUAUAAGUACCAGAGGAAGCAUUCUCUCGGGCUUGGCCGCAAACGAGUCGCAGGUGAGAGGCUCUCGUGCUUUCCGCACUUCUAAUUCAAGCUUGAGAAGGAAACAAAUGGCUGCCCACAAGAUCGCACACGCCACUCUGAAGGGACCGAAUGUAGUCAAAGAGAUCUGCAUUGGCAUCACGCUGGGCAUUUUUGCUGGUAGCAUGUGGAAGAUGCAUCACUGGAAUGAACAGAGGAAGACAAGAGCCUUCUAUGAUAUGCUCGAAAAGGGCCACAUAAGUGUUGUUGCUGCUGAAGAAUAGAUUACGUCUUUCUCACUUUUUGAAGGAUGUUUAAUUUGACAGCUUUUUUCUCUCAAACGUUGAGGGGAAUCAUAUGAAUUGAUUUGAUUUGAUUUGAUUUGUAGUUGGCCAUCGAAUAAGUUCAAGUCAUGGAUUCUGAGAAACUGUACACACUCUUUUUGAAUUUGACAAGGGGGACUGCGGACUCGCCAAAUGAACUAUGGUCAUAAUUUUGGUAUCAUUUCAUGAUUUU